AUGCAAAAUGUUGCUCAGAAGCAGGUUGGGAUGAUGCAUGGUCAAAUAGACCUAAUUUCUAACCAGCCUUCUUGUUGUCACCCGCGUCCUUUAAUAACACAUUUGAAUCUGUCUGUUUACCCAAAAUCGACACUGUGUGGAGCGUUUUUCGAUUGUUCAUCCAACGCAUCCUCCCCAGGCUGUGCGGCUUCUUCACCAGUCUGCCACUCAGGUGCAUAUGGGAUUGUCGAGUCACCACAAAGUAGUUCUAUGCCAACGCCCCACACACUUGCUGUGUCUGGACAUCAUGUUCCUUACAGUCCAGGAAGUGCUGUGCCAAACUAUGCAACAACGGACAGAAUGUAUGGAAAUUCAUCUAUGCACAGACUUACCCACAGCCAUAGCGCACAAGAUGCUGGAAGUUUUAUGUUCCAGUCACUUUUUCCAUCCCCAGGCCAGAUGUUGCAUCGUUAUGGAUCACAUUUAACCCCUAACCAAAUUCAAAUGCAUCAGGUUUCUCCGUCAGGAAAUAUGUACGGUCCACUAGUAUCAGUUCCAGUCCCUUACUUUCCUACCGGACCUACCUUAUCUAACUCUAUUUCCUAUAAUCCGCUGGCGCACACAGCACUUUCUCCUUCAAAUUCAGCUUGUUUAGGAACAAGUGCAAAUCUUCCCGGUGCCAGCCCAUCCAUCAAUCGAGGACCUCGAAUGCCUAUUAGUAAUUCGUGUGCAUUUAAUGAAAUUUGGCAGUCUGGUGGUGGAUCCAAUAUACCCGCACAAACUACUGCAUUGUCAUCGAAUCCAAACAGUGGAUUAACACAAACCCCUUCAAACUACGGAUUACGUGAACAAGUUUCAUGUAAUCAGGAAACACCUACAUACAGUGAGCCUCAGACGCAUAUUCAAGAAGACAAAUACCUCCAUCAACCCGAAAAGACAUCUCACCGUCAAACUACACCAGUCUCACAGAGUCCAAAAACUAAAAGUAAAGACGAAUCCCUAUUGUCUUCCGAAUCAAAAUCUAGCCCUUCAGGAGGUUGUAAAUUGGAACAGUCAAGCAAGAAAGGUACACCACUUCCUCCACCUCUCCCUCCACGAUCGAAUUCACGGAACCAGGUUGCUUCAACAACUAAUUCUCGUGUUAAGUCAACCGACCACAUAAUUUCGUCAACUGCCCCGACUGGAACCCCUUCUAAUUUGCCUUCACAAAACCAUAAAAAAGAGACUGCGAGUCGACCUCAGUCUUUAAAUACAACUGUGAGUAAACCAAACAACAAUCGGACAACUGGUCAUUCAACAAAAAAGACAACAAGUCCUGUAGCUGUGAUGAGUUCUUCUCCUCUAUCAAAUAUUUCCAAGGAGUUAUUAGUUAAAGGCGAUGAAUCAAGUUCUAAUGUACAAACUCCAGAUGACAUACAUUCGGCUGUGUCUACAACAAAUGAAAUGAAUCCACAUUCAAACACACCUCCCAAACUACCUCCACGUAUGGUGGCCUCAAAUACUAGCAAUUUAUUAACAACAAAGAAAGUUCAUGUUUCUGAGAAACCUGGAAAAUGCAAUACCUCACACCAAAAUGCACCAGCAGAACAGCAACAACAAGAAGAAAAUAUACCAGAUGAUUUUGUUAGUCGAUCAACUAGUCCUUUUGUGAAUCAACCAACUAAGACAUUUUUCCCCAGUCCCCUGGAACCUGCUAAUCCCAUGUCAAAACUCGAAGACAAAGAAGAUGCAGAAAGAUUGAAAGAGUCAUCACCACAAAUUCAUGAGACUGAAACGACAGAAGACCAUAAUGAAUCAACUCAAGAACAACACACGCUUCGAAUGGUUAAACCUGUUAAUCCGGCAGUCUACCGACGUUUCAUGGAGCAGAGAAUGGCAGAUGUUGGACGAAUACAUCGGGAGAGGAAAGAGAGACGUGAUCGCCUUGAAGCUGAAAUGUCCAAGGUUGGUCUGGACGAAACUGCUCGAAUACAGAUGCGUUGUCUACUUCGCAAAAAAGAAUCAAAUCAUAUGCGUAUGCAGCGUGCAAAAAUGGACCAGUCAAUGUUCUUCAGAAUAAAGCAUCUAGGUGUCGGUGCAUUUGGCAAGGUUUGGCUUGUACGUAAAAAGGAUAAUAAUCAGUUGUAUGCAAUGAAGCUGUUAAAUAAACGCGAUGUUGUAGAACGUCGACAACUGGCUCAUGUACAGGCUGAAAGAGAUAUUCUCGCUGAAGCAGAUAACGAAUGGGUAGUCAAGUUGUUUUUCUCAUUUCAAGAUUCUCGAGCACUUUAUUUAGUUAUGGAAUACAUUCCUGGUGGUGAUAUGAUGUCAUUGUUAAUCAAGAAGGGUAUUUUCGAAGAACCAUUAGCACGAUUUUAUAUUGCUGAAUUGACACUGGCACUGCAAAGUGUUCAUGCUAUGGGAUUUGUACAUCGAGAUAUCAAACCGGACAAUAUUCUUAUUAAUCGUGAAGGUCACAUUAAACUUACCGAUUUCGGUCUGUGUACUGGCUUUCGUUGGACGCAUAGUUCAAAAUAUUGGGAUUUAGACUUUAGUAUCCCGUGUUCAUCACCAAAUCGUAGUAGAAUAAAUCGUGCUAAGACAACUGAACCACCUGAUGAUACAGAUAAAACGAAUGAAGAGCAAACCACAAAAAACAGUAAAGAAUGCGAUGAAGAUGAUAUUACAACUAUAGAAAAGGAAGAAAUCGGAGCACUUGAACAAGUUCGCAAUCUCCGUCAAACAAAUGGUAAACAGUUCACAGCAAUAAGAGGUGUACAUCAUGAUAAAACGCUAGAAAGACGUAGAAAUAGCUUUGCUAACCGUCGGUGUGCACAGUCUUUGGUGGGAACACCAAAUUAUAUAGCACCAGAAAUAUUACGCAGACAGGAUUAUGGACAAGCGUGUGACUGGUGGUCAGUUGGCGUGAUACUUUACGAAAUGCUUGUUGGACAACCUCCUUUUCUUGCUCAAACAGCUGCAGACACUCAAAUUCGUGUUGUCCAAUGGUAUAAAUAUCUCAAAUUACCCGGUGAACCUCGUUUAAAGCCUGAUGCCAGUAAUCUUAUACGUCAGCUUCUUCGAGAUCCAGCUGAUCGUCUAUCUGAUCCAGUCAAAAUCAAAUCUCAUCCUUUCUUCGAGUCAACUGCUUGGGAUAAACUAGUUCACCAAACUCCACCUUAUGUCCCAACAAUUCGUGAUGAAUUAGACACAUCUAACUUUGAUCCAGUUGACGAUGAGCGUACAUUGAAUAGUAGUGAAAACAGUCAAGGUUUAGAUAGUUCAUCCUCCGGCAAUACUCAACUACCUUUUCCUAAUUUCACUUUUAAGCGAUUUUUUGACAGAGAUCCAACUGCUGUUCAGACUCCUUAA